AUGGGGAGGGGGUCCCGACGCCGGAGACCCCCGCUCUCCGCGCUCCUGCGGCUCGCGAGGCGGCGCUGCGUGGCGGGGCCGAGGCUUCCAGCGCUGCGGCCGCUGCGAGCACCCGAGUCCGCCGCUCCCGGGCCGCCGCCGCCGCCGCCGCCCGAAGUUCGGCCGAAAGUUUGUCGGCGGCGCCGCCCGCCCCGCGUGUGUCCUUCCGCCCGGCCGGCGCGGCCGCCUCCGCCGCGGGCCCCGCCCCUCGCGCCGCCGCCGCCGCCGCCGCCCGCACCCAGGGGCUUCCCGCAGGAAGAAGCGCCGGGCCGCGCGCGGAGGGAUCUGCGGCCGGUGCGCCGACACCCCCGCGCGGCGCGCCCGGGCUCCCCGCGGCUCCCGGGACGCGGCGGGCGCCCCGGAGCCGCGCCCGGCCGAGCCCCGCAGCCUCGGGGGCGGCCGCGACUGGCCACUCGGACCCCCGGGGCGGCGGGGGACCGGCUCGCGUGGAGAGAGGGGACCCCCGCCCCCGCACGCACGCACGCACGCACGCCCACGCACCCCCUCCCCGGCUCCGGCGCGGGCCGAGCGGAGCCCCCAGGGGAAGGGGACGGCGAAGGCGCCAAAGUCUGCAAGGAGCCGCCGAGCGCGGCGACCUCCCCUCCUGCCGCCCGCUCCCGCAUUCCUUCACUCGUGCAUUCAUUCGUUCCAGGGGCGCCCGACUCGGGAGCAGUGAACUCAGCACAAUGGAAUGAUGCGAAAGUGCCCAGACUCUUCUGCAGGGGGCUGGCUGGGGGGGGAGGGGGGAUGCUGGCGGGCUGGAGGGUAGGAAGGCUUGCAGGGGGGAGUCAGGAGCAGGGCAGGACCUGGGAAGGUUUUACCCGGUAA